CACCUCACCCACUCACCCACUCACCGAGUGCCCUGGAAGGCUUAGAUGAUAGCUUCGACAGGCUUAACUUACAGAUCGCAACAUCCAGGGCAACUGACAUAGCACACCUAGUUACAGUACACCAUGACCUCCUCACCUCCCAAGAUCAAAGCCGUCUUCUUCGACUUCAUGGGCACCUGUCUCGACUGGCACAGCAGCGUGGUGCAGGCGAUGCCCGCCUCCAUCCCCGCGCCCGCCGCCUCGCAGCUCGCCCUCGACUGGCGCCGGCAAUACUUCCUCGAAAACGAGCAGCGCGUGCGCGACAACCUGGCCCCGGAGGACAUCGACCUGACCCUCCCCCGGGCGCUCCGGGUGGUUCUCGAUCGAAGCCCCGAAUAUCAGGAUGUUUUAUCAGACCCAACAGCGGUAGCCCAGCUAAUCCAAGCCUGGCACCGCCAGCCCGCGUGGCCCGAGGUGUCGACCGCGAUCCGCCGGCUCCGCGACGAGCUCGGCCUCGAGGUGUUCGUGCACGCCAACGGCACCACGCGGCUCCAGCUGGACCUGACGCGCUCGUCCGGGCUGCGCUUCGACAUGCUGUUCUCCAGCCAGCUGCUGGGGGUCUACAAGCCACGCGCGGAGGCGUAUCGCCGCGGGUUGGAGCUGGUCCAGCUGCGGCCCGAGGAGGUGGUGCUGGUGGCGGCGCAUGCGUAUGAUCUGAGGGGCGCGCAGAAGGUGGGCAUGCGGACGGUCUAUAUCCAUCGGUGGACGGAUGAUGUGGACGAGGAUAUGGGGAGCGUCAGGGGCGAGUUUGAUGCGUUUUUGGAGGGGAUGGAGGAUUUGCCUGCAGUCAUUGCGGGGUUGUGAGGGAGAGAGAGCUUGGGGUGGGCUUAUCGGUCGGCGGUCGGUCUCCC